AUGACGGAACAGAUGGAGAAAGAGGGCGUCGCCAGCAGGUUCGACCACGUCUGGCUCCGCGACAACUGCCAAUGCGCAGCCUGCAUCCACCCCUCCAACACUCAAAAGCUCCACUCCUCCGCCGACGUCAACCUCGCCCUCAAACCCACCGCCAUCGACCUUCUCAACAACCAGCGCAUAAAAAUCACUUGGGCGGCAGGGAGUCUCCGCGCGCCGCUUUCCCCAUCCUUCAAAAACGAGCACACGACCGAGAUCGACCUCGACUGGCUUCGGCGGAACGACCCAGCGACUGUCGACGCGCGGCAGAGGAAGCUGCUGCAGCCGAAGUUAUGGGACUCGCAAUCGUAUUCUAGCGCGAAGAGGGAUGUGGAGUAUAAGGACUUCAUAGGCAGAGAUGACGGGUUGCGGCAGGCGUUGUUGCAGUUGAGGGACUUUGGGCUGGUGUUCAUCCGGAACGCACCGGUUGAAGAGAAGGAGGUGGAGAGGAUCGCGAAGAGGUUUGGAUGCAUUAGGGAGACGUUUUACGGCACGUCGUGGGAUGUGAAGAGCGUGCCGCAGGCGAAGAAUAUCGCUUACACGUCGCUGGAUCUGGGGCUGCAUAUGGAUCUGAUGUACUUCGAAGCCCCCCCAGGCCUCCAAUUCCUACACAGCCUAAAGAACUCUGUCAAAGGCGGCGCCUCCAUCUUCCUCGACAGCUUCAAAGCCGCCCAUAUUCUCAAACAGUCCAACAUAGACGCCUACAAAGCCCUCACCGAGAUCCCCGUUACCUUCCACUACAUCAACGACGGCCACCACAUGCAUUUCCGUCGGCCGACGAUUGUGGAAGACGAUUUCAACGAGCGUAUGAUGGUCUACUAUGCCCCGCCGUUCCAGGGGCCGUUGGAGUCGGAUCAGGCGGCGAGAUUUUACCCGGCAUUCCAGGCGUAUGCGGAUAUUUUGAAACGACCGGAGUUGAUGUACAGGACGCUAUUGAGGCCAGGAGAUUGCGUCGUGUUUGCGAAUAGGAGGACGCUGCAUGGAAGAGAAGAGUUUGAUGCCGCGAGUGGGGAGAGGCAUCUGAAAGGCGCUUAUGUUGAUUGGGACGAUUUCAAGGAUAAAUUGAGGGUUAUGCUGUGA